AUGAAUGAUUCUGCAGAUGAAAAUGAGACUGCCACAUAUUCAAGGUCUAAUUCGAGCAAUUUUCAAGACCACAACGAACGAUUCAAAUUGAAAGGAAGAUCUUUUAGCAGGCAGUAUGCUCACUUAUAUUCAGAAAGACUUCUGACUAUGAAACCUAAACUUAUUAAAGCUGCUAAAGAGAAAUGGGGUCCAGACGUGAAAGUAAGAAAGUUACAUGAAUUAGUAGUAGAUGAAAAGUGUGUAGUUAUAGGUACAAUAUUUAAACACAUGGAGUUAAAACCUAGUAUAUUGAAAGAAGUUAGUGAGGAGCACAAUUUAAUGCCCCAACCUAUACUCAGUAAAUAUACGGAUGAAAAUGAUAAGUUGAUAUUAGAGGAUGAAUUACAGAGGAUAUUUUUAUUGGGUGAAUUAAAACCACCUACCUCUGUAACAGGUCCAGUAAUAGCUGUAUAUGGAUGUGAGCCUGAAGAUAAACCUGGCAAGUUUCAAGUUGAAGAUUUUUGUUUUCAGAUAUUACCAGACCAAGUACCAAGACCAAUAUUACAAGAAGACAGAUAUAUUGUAUUAGUAUCAGGUCUAGAAAUGGGAGGUAAACAGGAAAAGUUAUUCCAAUCUCAGUUAUUAGUAGAUUUAAUAACAGGACAACUAGGUGAUGAGGGUCAACAAGAAUCAACAGCUAGUAUAGUCCGAGUUAUUCUGGCUGGUAAUUCUUUAAGUAAAUCAACUCAAGAUAAAGAAAGUUUAAAUAAGGCCAAGUAUUUAACCAAGAAAAUAACAGCUGCUAGUGUAGAUGCUAUUAAAAGUUUAGAUGAUAUUUUAGUUCAGUUAGCAAGCUGUGUAGAUGUUGAUAUUAUGGCUGGUGAAUAUGAUCCAUCUAAUUAUACUCUACCACAACAGCAAUUACAUAGAUGUAUGUUUCCACAAGCUAACACAUAUCCUACAUUACAUAAUGUCACUAAUCCUUACGACUUUAGUCUUGAUGGUAUCAGAAUACUAGGUACAUCAGGACAACCUAUAGAAGAUAUAUAUAAAUACAGUGAUAUAGAACAUAGAAUAGAUAUGUUAGAAAAAACCUUAAUCUGGGGACAUAUAGCUCCUACUGCUCCAGAUACACUGGGUUGCUAUCCAUUCUAUGAAGAAGAUCCAUUUAUUUUAAAUGAAUGUCCUCAUAUAUAUUUUGCUGGUAAUCAAGACAAGUUUGAAUCUAGUAUAUUUAAAGGUGAUAAAGGUCAAGAAGUAUUAUUAGUAACAGUACCAAAAUUCUGUGAGACUACGUCCGCUGUGUUAAUAAAUCUACGUAAUUUAGAAUGCCAAACUAUUAAUUUUGAAGCUAACUUUUCUUCAGGGAUAAUGGCUGAUCCCAGUCCAGAGGUUGACAAAUGA